GAGCCAUUCGUCAACCGCAGGGGCGGGGGAAUGGCCUCUGGCCCGGCCCGCGUCCCCUCCGCUCCCCUCGGGGGAAGCAGGCCGCGUCCCCGGCCGGCCCAGGCCGCGUCCCCAGCCCCGCUCUCCGGGGGUGUCCGCAGCCGCUGCGGGGGGUGGCGGGGUCCCCGGGGGCAGUGCGGGCCCUCAGGGGACGGUGCAGGCGUGAGGGCUUCUCUUCAAGCUCUCCCCGGACUUAAGAGAGGGGGGAGCUGCUUCCCGAGGUAGGCCCAAGGUCCCCUUGCCCCCCGGCGAGGCCGCAGCUCCCCCGUCCCCCAGCCCUGCCCUGCCCUGCUGGGAUCCCCCUCGGUGGCCCGUCGGGGACAGGGGAAACCUGGAGCAGGCUCUGGAGAGGUUCGGUUGGGCUGGUUGAAGACCCCCGGUGUAGGUGCCUUACGAGUCUUAACGUUAUUUUCGGUUAAAACCUGACGCCUUCCUUCUGUAGCAAUGCGCAUAAGGGGCGUGCUGUAAUGGAGUCAUCUGACAAAUCGCUCCUCCGCUCCCUAAAGGAGCUUCCCUCAGGAUCUGACUAACUCUGGAUGCACCCGGUCGUCAUCUUAAAUUUCUCCUUCAGGUUGUUUAAAAACAGCCCAGUGGGGUGACGGUUUUGGUUUUUUUUUUUGUUCCUUAAGAACAGGAUCUCGGAGGUUUCUGUUUUCUGCCGUUGGUGUUUGUAGUGAAAAUGCAAAAGUGGUUUUUACUGUUGCAGGGAUCAGUACGUGGAGCCUACAGAUUGUCCCCAGAGCACCCUCUGGGGUGCACACAGAGGUUGAGCUUUCAAAAGACAACACUGUGUUAUUCGGUUGUAAAAAAGGAAGUCUCGUGGGGAUAGGGGACUUUGAAAUGAUACCAGAAUCUGGAUACACGUUCAGCUGUUCAGACUGAGCAAACAGGUUGAAUUUGUGGCUGGAUAGCCAGAGGUUUCAGGAAGAAAACUAGAGAAAACUUCCUCUUGCCUUUGACUUCUCAUCUAAAAUGGCACCCUGCCAAAUGGCUCCUUCCAGGGGAAAGCCACCCUUCUGGAGAUUUAAGCAAGCAUUGCAGUGAGGAAGGUAUAUUCUCAUAGCAAAUUGCUGUCAGACUCCAGUGCUGAGUUCAGAAAGGGAAUUAAUGCCUUUUAUUUCAGUAGGCUUGUCGUUCCAUUAGUGUGGAAUUGGUUCUCAGAGCCUGUUAGGACAUCAAGGAGGAAAAGGACAGAGAAUGAUAAAGCCACUCUCUAAAAACACAGGAAAGAAGGGGUUAUGCAUUAAGGGAAAGCCACUACGUUAAAAAUUGGUGCUACCUAAACAUUUAUUAAGGAUUUGGGACAGGCAGGUGCCACUACACCUGUGUGUGCUCAGCCAUGCCUUUUGGAGCUUCCUUACUGAACAUGUUAAGGCACAGGCUGGUGCCUGGAAGAAGAGCAAGGACUUCCAUUGUAUGGAACUUGGGAUCUGUGGUUCACCUGGAGUGCCAUAUCUAGAAUAAAAAAAAAUGAAAAUCAGCUGUGACAAGCCCAGGGCUCAGCUGGGGACACUGAGUCUUUGGUGACAGCUCCAAGCAGAGUGUUGUGAAUGUUGGGCCGUGGCUGACAGCUGGUGUCAGAGCUGUGAGGGAAGGUGAAUGUGCCUGUGACAUGGCUGGGUCACAUUCUUGGCAGUGGCAAUGUGGCAGAGCCAGAGGGCUGAUUUUUCAGCUGGAAGAGGAGAAGGAGAGGACUGCAAAUGGGCCCAGGGAAAAGAGAUUUGCCACGGAUGGGGGUUGUUCCAGUGCAGCCAUUGCAGCUGCAGCAAUAGCAGAUCUUGGAGAAGAUACAGGGAAUUUUUUUUGUGGAAGCAACACCAACAGAAGCCUUUGGAUACCAGGAAUUAGGACAAACAUGUCAGUGUUCUGGAACUUCUCAGUUGACCAUUGGUAAACCUGGCACUCCUUGGGCAGGGCAGGAAGUUGCCUUGGCACUUCCAUGUUGCAGCAGCUCUUGCGGACCACACGCCCCACACGCUGGGCCAGGACCUACAUCUGAUGGUGCUGCUGUUAACCUGAAUCUCAGGAAGGACUUCUGGAUUAUUCUGCUGUUCUGUGGGAAUAUUUGCCCCAUGAAAGUGGCCUACUGAGCUAUUUCUUUUCAGGGAGCAAGCUUGAAGCCAGCUGUGGUUUAACAUCUCCAGGCUUGGGUGUUCCUGUUCCAGCUUUGCCUACUGAACCAGUACUUGGUUGGACAUAAAUCUUAACCGUGGGACUCAGACUCUCAACUAUGUACUUGCUGUGAAGGAGCUCAGAUAUGAGAGUGCACAUAAACAGCUGAUAAAGAGAACUGGUAUAAGGUUGAUUGCUGAAACACCUUGUUUUUCGAUGAUACUAGAAGUUCCCACAGAUUGUGAGACAAGACCGUUUCCAUCUGUAAAGCAGAAACGUUUCUCGUGCCUUUGGAGGAAGCACAACACAAAAAUAUGCAUUUAACUGUUGAUAUGAGGACCCUGAACCCCGGACUACUUGACAGUGAUGGUCCAAGGAUCUCUUUGGAUACACUGCAGCAGCAGAAGUCCCCUUUUAGAAAACAAACAGCUGCCUCUCCCUGGCUUUGAUAAAACUUCUGCAGUAGGAAGUGUCCUACAAGAACCAAGUUACCAAACUGAUGUAUGGCUUUCCCUUAAUCCCUCACCCCUGGCUUUCCAGCUUCCAACAACACUGCCAAUGCUAGGUGCCAGCUGCCAUGUUUUACGUUUAUUUUUAAAUUAAUGAUUCAGGAAUUUGAGCACAGGAGCCCCAUGAACAAGCCAGGAAUUGCUCAAGAGAUUUGCUUACUCCUUCUGCUGAGGCCCAUCAAGUUCUUCUACGACUCCAGCUUUCAAGCCAUCUUCUAGGGGAUCACUUGAAGCAGGAAGUAGCUGCUCAGUGAACCUCUCCCUUUUAUAUGUUAAAGUGACUUUAAAACACUGCAAGAUGGAGCAGCUCCCUCCUGGGAGGGAGAAUGGGGCCAUUCUCAGCUCGUUCCAGUGAUCCCAGGUAUCUGAUGGGUGCAAGAUUCUUGGCCAGUGCUGCCAUCGGUCACAUCCUGCUGGCUCUGAAGAGCAUCAGGAAACGUUUUCAAACCAAAGGGUGUCAGCAUUGCUCUUGGCCUGGGAGAUGGGGCAAAUAAAAAGUCUUGAACCAGAUUUUCUGUGGAGUGGUGUGCUCAGAUCUGAAGGCUUUGUCUUGGCCACUUCUGAAGAAGCUUUAGGGGUUGCUUUGAAGAAUUCCUUCUCCUUUUGUCAAAAGAAAACACACAUCUGUACUGAAGCAGCUCUAAUCUGAUGAGUGCUUUGGUUCAGGUUUUUCUUUGCCAGUCACAAAAACACCAGGCCAGUCAGCCCUUAGAGAUUCAUUUCCGUUUCAUCUUAAGGAAAAAUGUCCAAAUUCAGGUCCUUGAAGUGGAAGUGUUGAGUUACUCCAGCUGGCCUGGGCAGCUGUGCCUGGUGGCUGUGGUAACUCAUGACUCUGGCUCUUGGAGAUCACCGUGGAAGGUGACCCUGACUCAGUGGCAGCCUUUGCUCUUGGGGCAGCAAUCUCAGAACAUUUCAGUCCCCGUUCAGACAGUAUUUAACGAUUAGAAUCGACCAAAAACAAAUGUAGAUUAGAAAUUAUGACUGUUCUGCUUUGAACAAGUUACCUUUAGAUUUUCCCACAGAGAAUGAGAUGUGUUAGCAAGAAGUUGUUCUGUGGUUCAGCCCCCACGGGGCACAGAACAGACCAGAGAGACUGUCCCGAGUGCUGUGCCACAGAGAAUGCACAUGGAGAGGGGCAGAUGCUUGUCAUGGUUUUCCUGGGGUGCAAAAAGCUUUUGUUCCCUUCUUGCCCUUUGUUACAGGGCAAAGGCAGGUCAGCAAGCUGGGAGUUCAGAGCAGGGAACAGGACAAGAAAGAAAAGCUUGUCAAAUAAACUGGACAGACUUGCCCUGUGCUAUUUUUCAUCCCUUAGCAAAGUUGAUGGCACUUGUUGGCAUGUUUCUCCUGACCUCUAGCUACUGCAUCUGUAAUUCUUGAUUUUUUUUUUUCCAAAGUAUUAAAAGUCUCUUAUAUUAGAGCUGUGGAGAGAAAACAAAAAUGUGUUUAAAAUUCUUACCAACUUCAUGAGAGACCUGCUGAGUGCACCAGAGUUACUCACUGUUAUUCAGGCAUUGGUUCUGUUGGAUUCUGUUUAGCACUCAGAUUGCUAUGUUUUUAAAAAAACAGGUUUAAAAAACCCAAAACAAAACAGGUUUUUACCAAGCAUUUUUGUGAAAAAAAGAAACAGAAACUUUUUAAUUACCUUUUUAAAAUGAAAGUACUUUUAUGGAGUUUAGAACUAUAAGGGGUUUUGGGGGGAGAGACUUGUUGGGUUGGGGUUUUUUGUUUGUUUGUUUUAAAGUUUUGCUUUUUUUCCCCCCUGUUCCUUAAACAAAAUCCACUGAAAUCCUGGAGAGCUCUUGGAGGCUGCUUAGAAAUAUGGAAGGCAACCAGCAAAACUUUGAGCUGCUUGGGCUUUCCAAAGAGCUAAACCUCAGAGGAUUCCUUUUUUCCCCCCAUGGUGGUGGAUAUAAUGUUGUUGGUGUCUCCCAGUUCCUAGGGGAAAGAAAUGCCACCUUCUAGACUGUGAAUUCCUUCUGCUUUGUAUUUGAGUGUCUCUGCCCAGCAAAGCAAAGGUCUUUAUUUGCCACCUGAUGAAGUGUUGGCUUGUGCAAGCUGAAGAAAUCAUGCCUGAAAUUUAAUUUCACUGUUAGUGGUGUUGGUGGCACAUUUGGAAAAACAUUUCUUGUCAAACUUCUACAUGAAGGAGCACCAGUGAUUUUUUUAGAAGUAGAUGCACAGGAAUCUGUAGGACACAAAGUCUGUUUUUGAAGGUGCUGAAGGCCAAAAGUGAAUAGUCUCAUGGACAGUGAAGAAGGGAAGGAAACCUUGCACUUAACUACUGUUUUUAUUCCCUUUGUCAAGCAGUCAAAAAAACAGUCACUAAUAUGAGAACCCAACUUUUCCUCUCUUUAUUUUAGAUUUGGGAAAAUUCCCUGCCAAAAAAAAAAUAUCCUGGAAAAUUCACUAGUGUUUGUGUGAGUAAAAGGUUCCAACCUUUUAUUAUUAAUUUGUAAGAACUCUUUCAUUCAGUUUUGUCCAAAAGAGUCAGAAGUAUUUUUUACACAGCAAUGUGCAGCAUUUUACUGAAGAGGGUCAGAAUCACUUUUAAUUUGAACUUUAUCUGGUCUGGUUGCAGGUUUUAUAGCAUUUAUUAUCUUUAAAAAAUAUUAAAAUAAAUCAAAGUCUCUGAUUUCACAUCCAAAAAAACUGCUUAAAUGUUUCAACUCUGGUGGCACCAAAAAAAGCUGUUGAAUUGGACCUUAAGCCAUCUUUUCAAACCUUCCAUGAUCAUGCAGGAAUGGAUAAUGAUGGAUACAUGGAUUAGGGAACAGCAUAUGAUGCCAAACUUGUAGUAUUGGAUGGAAAAAGAAAACAAAUUAUUUCCUCAAACCAAAGUAAUUCCAAACCCUUGGUCUCAUGCAGCCAUGCCACUUGCAAAGUGAGCAUUUCCCUGCCUCUCCAAGCUUGUUGCAUCCUUGAUCUGCUGUCCUGCUGUUAAUUGAUUGCAGCUCCACAUGUCUGAGCAGGGCUAAAAGCUCCUUCUCCAGAUGGAUCUCGUCCAACAUACACUGUGCACGCCUGGCUGUGUAGAUAUGUCUCCUGUAUGCAUGUCCAGAUGUCUGCAUAUUUGUGUGCUGGCCCCCAAAUCACUCAUCCUAUUACAAAGCAUCAGCCUUGAAGGCACAUUCAUCCAAACAUGAUGUAGAUCUUUCAUUUUUGCCAGUUUCCUCCAAAUGAGAGGCUUUUUAUGCAGUGGCAAAUAGCCCCAAAUUCUCAUAUAUAUAUUUUUAUUGUCACAGUUGCUGACUUUGUUGUCACUCUCUUGGUGUGUGUAUAAGCACACGUGUGUAUGUAUAUACAUAUUUGUGCUUUUAUACACACAAGUGUGUUUUUGCUGUACAGGUAAUAAAGAUGGGGGAAGGUUUUUGUGUUUUCUUAAUAGGUGAAGAAUUCUUGAAGACCAGAAAUUGCAACUUACUGAAUUUUAAAGUAAAAAAAAAAAAAACCCAAACAAACCAAAACACAUUAACAUUGUCCGGCUGUGGAAGAUGGAUCCUCAUUUUUGCAGCCACUUUGAAUCACAAGUUCAUCUUUAAAUACACUGGGUGUUUUUUUGUUUUUGGUUUUUAUUUUUGGUGGUGUUUUUUUGGUGGUGUUUUUUGGUUUUUUUGGUGGUGUUUUUAAAAUAUUUUUGAAGAGCUAACUAUCCCUGGCUGUCUCCAGUCUGACAGUAUUCCAAUGGACUUGCUUCCUCCAUUAGUUGUAAGAUGUUUAAAAAGCACAUCCCAUGUUUGAAUUGUGGAUGAGAGGUUCCCUUGGCAAUGGGAGGAGGAAAAUUCUUUCUACCCCUUUAUUAUUAAUUCACGGAUUCAGUGUUGGUUCGGCCUACAGGAGAAUUUAACUGGAAGUCUUGGAAGAUCAGUAUCUUUCCUGAAGUUGUCCAGGGUAACUUGUAAAUAGGAAGAUUUCACUGAUCAAGCCAGUAGAAGACUUUCAGUCCAAGAAAGAGUGAAGGCAGCUCUUGCCAAGACUGGAGGAAGUCCCUGUUGAGUGAGCCCUUAGAACCUGAGCUUGUUCUGAGGGUCUUUCCGUUAUGUCUAACCAAGGAGAUGACUGCUACUUCUAUUUCUAUUCCACUUGUAACAAGGGAGACAGCUGUUCCUUCCGCCACUGUGAAGCUGCUCUGGGGAAUGAAACAGUUUGUACCCUCUGGCAGGAGGGUCGCUGCUUCAGGAAUAUCUGCAGGUUCAGACACAUGGAGAUUGAUAAGAAACGCAGUGAGAUUCCCUGCUACUGGGAGAACCAGCCUGUAGGCUGCCAGAAAUCCAACUGUGCUUUUCAUCACACAAAAGGACGUUAUGUUGAUGGACUCUUCUUGCCACCAAGCAAAACCACGCUUCCCAGUCCACCUGAGUCUACAGAAGAUGAUGUGAAAAUGGCUCAGAUGUCACUGCAGCAAAACAAACUUUCUGUUCAGACAAAUCCCUCUCCACAGCUGAGGGGGGUGAUGAAAGUGGAAAACUCAGAAAAUGUCCCAAGUCCCACACAUCCUCCAGUGGUCAUCAAUGCUGCAGAUGAUGAUGAAGAUGAUGAUGACCAGCUUUCUGAAGAAGGAGAUGAAGCUAAAACACCUGUCCAGCAACCAGCACCAGAAGCACAUAAUGGAUUGAGGAUAAUUUCCACUAGGAAAUCCAAUGUUAACACAAAGCAAGAUGAUAAUUUAAAUUUUGGAAUAAAAACACUAGAAGAAAUCAAACUGAAGAAACUAAAGGAAAAAACAAAAAAACAAGGUGGUCCUUCAGGAGUUUCUUUUCAUCCACUCCAACCUCGGACUGUUCCUGUGCCAGAAAAGGAAAAUGUCCGGACAGUAGUGAGGACUGUGACUCUGUCUGCAAAACAAGGAGAGGAGCCCGUGAUUCAACUGGACCUUGCUGAGAGACUGGGAAAACGGAAACCCUCCGUAGCUGGUAAAAGUGUCCUUCCUCUGAGGCGCAACCUCGCUGAAAGGCUGGGGAAGAAGAUGGAGAUCUUGGAGAACGCUGACAAAGCACCCAAGAGAGUUCAAGUCCCCAGGUCUCUGAAGGAAAGGCUGGGGUUGCCCUCUGAACAGACCAGCACAGAGACAGAGAAGGCUGCUAAGCCAGCAGGAGAGAUCCACGUGAAAACACUGGAGGAAAUUCGUCUUGAGAGAGCUAUUCAGAGACAGGGAGAAUCUCCAGCUAAAGCCCAGGCUGAGGGACGUUGUAAAGCAGAAGAUCCCAGCUUGGGGGCAAAACCUUCCCCUGCAGUUCGCAUCAAAACUUUCUCAGGAGCCCUGGCUGAAAAAAAACAGAAGCAGCUGGAAGAAGAGAAGCAAAAACCAGAAGAGUUUCCUACCAAGACAAAAGUUGAGAGCGAGCCCAAGAAGCAGAGCCUACGUGCUCCAUCUGUACCCAGCAAAGUGCAGCUGGCAGAGCCAGCAGGUAAAGCCAGGGCAGCAGGAGGAGUGCAUAUUAAAACCUUGGAAGAAAUCAAGCAAGAGAAAGCUCUGAGGAUGCAGCAGAGCAGAGAAAAUGUGCCAGCUCCAGCAGUACAACCUGAGCCUGCCCCACCAGGGAGGAGGUUGUUACGGAUCACAAAGCUCACGGCACCUGAAAGAGAAGAAAAGAAGAUAGUGGAAUUGAGUAAGCCUCCCAAAGCUGUCUCUGUACCUGCAGAGCCCUUAGAUCAGAGUGCAACUAACUCUAAAGUUCAAGUGAAGAGCCUUGAAGAGAUAAUGAAGGAGAAGAGGCAGCUGAAACAACGCCAGGAAGAGAAGCCUCAGAAAGAAGCAGCUGCUGUGCCAUCUCCUGGUGAAAAAGCAAGUAAGGAUAAAACUCCAGCAUUAGGGAGUCCUGAACCCACCGUGGUUUCAUGGUCAGCUUCUCAACUUGCAAAGAAGAUGUUGGUGAAGUCUUUGGAAGAUCGGGUUGAAAGCCCAGGGAAGGAUGGUGCUGGAUCACCAGGGAAACAAGCAGCUCAACCUCUAGAAAGGAAAGCUAGAACCAAAUCUAAGGUGUGCCUGAAGCCUUUGGAUGGGAAAGCCACCUCCCCCACAAAGCAGACUCUGAAAAGGAAGGCAGCUGAGAGUCACCCCUCUGCUGUGGCAGCUGUGAAACCCUUGAGUGCCACUGGUGGGGACACCAAGGAGCCUUCAGCUAAAAAAGCAACUGUGGCUGUGGUUCCUGCUUUGCCAGAGGACACCCAGGUCUCCACACCUGGGAGAGGGAAACGCAAAAGCAGCCCUGAACUGCACCUCAGGAGCCAGGCAGAGUCUGUGGCACAGUCAGAGGUCUCAAGCUCAACUUCAACUUCUUCACCAGUCGCAGCCAAGACACGUCGGCUGAGCUCCACGGGGGCUGGGAAAGCCCCCUUAUCUGUAGAAGAUGACUUUGAGAAGCUCAUCUGGGAAAUCUCAGGAGGCAAACUGGAAGCAGAAAUUGACCUGGACCCAGGGAAGGAUGAGGAUGAUCUCCUCCUGGAACUUUCUGAAAUGAUUGACAGCUGAGCUGCCUAGUCUUAAAAGUUUAACACAAACACACACAAAAAAUUAAAACUAUGUUGUUGGAUACCUGAAGGUGGAUCCUUUUUCUAGCUGAGGCUUUGCAGUGAGUCUUAAAGCACAGUUGAACUGGUAAAAAUUGGCAGUAUCUGCACUCAGUUGUCCUAAAUUUCCCUGCUGGUCAGAGUCAAGGUCCCAUUCAUCCAUUCUUGUCACUACCUUGGACGUUGAGAAGACAAAGCACUUGUUUAUUUUGGGACAGAGAGAUGCCCAUCUACAAACUGUGGUGGUUGUGAAACUGAUCUGCUGAUUCAGUGAUGUUCUGAAGGCAUAAACUUCUAAAGCUUCUUCUUCCUUCCUCCCCCUUUGGCAAAACUCACCAUUCGGCGCGUCCCAAAGCUUUGGUUUUCUGACUCCUUGGACAGUUGAUUCCCAAAGUCUGGAGUUACUAUGUCAACUCUUGUGUUAUUUAUGAUGCUGUCAUUUUGACUUCAAUCUUGUAGGGUUAACUUGGUGGAAAUGUCAGGGUGGGAGGGAGCAGAACAAUGACAAGUAUUUUGGACCAAACGUGCUGCCAGGGGUGGGGGUGGGGGGGUCAGUCCAUCCAGCCUUACUUUGAAUUAUCAGGGAUAACACGAUAUCAGUGUGAAAAGCAGCAGCUCUAGGGGUACCCUGGAAGCCCCCCUCUCUUUUGUUGGACUGUACCAAAGCUGGGAGGGGUGGGGGGGUUGGGUGCUUUUUUUUGCUGACGUGAUCAGUUUGCUGGGGUGGGUAGUCAGGAUUCCUCUCUCAUAGUCUGCAGUAAAUUGGUAAAUUAAGAAUUGGUUGAAGUGCCUCUUGGUUCCAAGGAUCACCCCCCCCCACGGUCAUCUACUCAAAACUCAAAAUUUGUCCCUCUUGUCUGACCUCCCACGGGGCAGAGUGUGCCUGGGUUGUGCUCUUGGAACCCGAUACUGCUGCAGGACCAGCCCUGCUUUCCUCUUUGCUCCAGCCCUGGGGAUCCUCCUGGUUUCCUCCAGCCCAGCACUUGAGGCUGGAGCUCCAUCUGGAGCCCAACACAGGCUGAAAAGCUUGACCCUGCAGAAAGCAGCCCCCAGGGGUGUAUUGUGUGCCCUGCCACCUGUGAGUGUUCUCCCUGGCAGAUCUAUUUUUGAUCAUUAUGUUACCUUUUUGAAGAACUUUAGUCUCUUCCUGCUUUUCAUUUGUGAAGCUGUUGGGGCCCUCAGGCAUUUGCUGCUGGCAGAGGAAAAAAAAGAUGGGGGGGUUGGGGGGGGUGUUGUUGGGAGUUGGUUGUAAAUACUUUCUCUUCAGAAAACACUUUGUGUGCUUUGAUCAUCCACUGUGAUGUCUUAGUUCCUAGAGGAAAGUUUUGAAACCAAAAUGGAGGAAAAACUGCUGUUCUGGCUCCAGAAGGGUCACCCAGCCCUGCGUCCUGCUGAAGGACUUUUCAUCCCGCUGGGAUUUCUGCCUCACAAACUGGGAAUGACUGCAGGAGGGAGGAAGAGCCCGGGCGAGGAGGGUCUCCCCCUCGCUGCCUCCCUCCUCCUCCUCCUCCUCCUCCUCCUCUGUCAGCAUUCCCUGCUGCUGCUCCAGGCUCUGUCCCUGGGGCCGAGCUUUGCUCCACGCCGUCAUUUCUGUAAAUAUUUUUAUUCUUCCCGUUUUAUAUUUGUACUCUUAUUUAAGGGGUUGUAUUAAACGUAGUCUGGCCUC